CUACUCAACUGCACCUGUUAGAAAUGAUAUGAAGGUAGUGCGUUGUGCACUUUUUGAUGGCGCUGUAUUUUACUGUCAUUACAUUACUUUGUCUUUGUUGCUGAUUCUAGUACACUAGUUGAGUUUACUGUACAGCCUCAGUAUUUCUUCAAUAGGCUGAGGCUAGCAUCAGCCCAGAUUGCAGGUGAGCCCUUGACGUUGCUGGACGUGAGCUGGCAUUGGAUUGUAAACAUGGUUGCUGUGGUGUAUUGGCUUUUACUUUUAUGGACGCUUUGCUCGAAUAUCUGUCCUAGAGUGCAAGCGGCUCCGGAACCGGGUCAGUGGACAUUCACAGUCGUCAAUACCUCAAGACCACUUUUACUGAGAAAAGCCAUGUUCACCAACACAAAUAUUUUUCUUAAAAUUCAAACAUUUAGCUGUCCGGAGUUAGUAACAUUAACCAUCAAGUGGUAUCUAAAAUACUACCCCUGCCAUAACGAAUUUAACAACAUUGAUGAGAUGUAUGAAAAAACGUUCAGUAGUCGAGGAGAAAGUCUUGACCCAAACCCUUUAGGUCGAGGAGAGUACAUUAAACACACAUAUGACAAUAUUGUUUGCCACAAAGACCUUCAUACCUUUCCGACAUUAAACAUGAGUACUUCAUUGCCUUGUUCAGUAUUACCUCCUUCUGCAGACAUGGAAGAGAAAAAAGAACCUGAGGAAAUUCAAGAUGCUAAGAAUACCCAAAGCUCUGCUGUAGUAUUGCAGGAUGUUAUAGCUAAGACUUGGAGAGAUGGACCGUAUCUGUUCGUAGUUUCUUUUAAAACACAUAAUGAGAAAGCUUAUUGGAAUUUGACAGUGCGUGUCGUUAUGAAAGACUCUCAUGGAUAUAUCUCUGCCACCGAUUGGCCUCUGAUGAUUUUUUAUAUGGUUAUGUGCAUUGUGUACAUCCUCUAUGGAAUGCUUUGGUUUCUGUGGUCGGCAUGCUACUGGAAAGACCUGCUGAGAAUCCAGUUCUGGAUCGCUGGUGUCAUAUUCCUUGGAAUGUUGGAGAAAGCAGUGUUCUGUGCAGAAUACCAGAAUACCAACAUCAUAGGAUCAGCCUCUGAAGGGUUGUUGAUCUUCGGCGAACUUAUUUCUGCACUGAAAAGGACAUUGGCACGACUGCUUGUGAUCAUUGUUAGUUUGGGAUAUGGAAUAGUCAAGCCUCGUUUGGGUACAGUCAUGCACAGAGUUGUUGGGUUGGGAGUCCUCUAUUUUCUGUUUGCAGCUAUAGAAGGCAUUUUGAGAAUAACUGGGGCAAAAGACCCUGAUCUAGCCCUUCUGGCCAGUAUUCCCUUGGCCUUGCUUGACUCUGGCUUAUGCUGGUGGAUUUUUGUCAGUCUGGCACAAACAAUUCAGACUCUAAAAUUAAGGAGAAACCCAGUGAAGUUAUCACUUUACAGACACUUUACAAAUACUUUAAUAUUUGCAAUAAUCGCUUCCAUGAUAUUUAUGAUAUGGACAACAAAGAAGUUCAGAUUAGCAGAGUGCCAGUCAGACUGGAUGGAGCUGUGGGUCGAUGAUGCGUUCUGGAGAUUCCUAUUCUCUGUUAUUCUGCUGGUCAUUAUGUUUCUGUGGAGGCCGUCUGCAAAUAAUCAGAGGUAUGCAUUCACACCUCUAAUGGAUGACUCCGACGAUGAAGAAGUUGAAGAAUUGUUCGUAUCAGAAAAUUUAGCUGACGGCAUAAAGUUAAGAUCAUCUAAGACAGAAUCCAAUGGGACAUCGAAACCUGUUGCUGGCAAUCUAGAUGACGAUUUGAAAUGGGUUGAAGAAAACAUUCCUUCGUCUCUCUCGGACAUUGCGCUUCCAGUACUAUUGGAUUCUGAUGAGGAAAUAAUGACGACCAGAUAUGAGAUGUCGAAGAUGGAGUGACUCACUAAAUUUCCUGCUGUGAACGUGUGUAUAUUUCAUUUCCUGCUCAUCUGGGCCUAAAACCAGCAUCCAUUUUGCAGACCUCUUUGUGUGUAAAAAAAAACCUGUACAUUUUAUUUAUUUAUUUAUUUUUUUAAAGACAAUUUCCAUUAUCUUGGCACAGUGGGAAUUUCACAUUUGUCAAAGUAAAACUGAGGAAACAGUAAGUCAUCCAAAUGUGUUGGACUCUUCAAAACUAAAGUAGGACCUUACUUUACCCUCAGUAUUAUGGAUAAACAAAUAAUAAAGGAAACAUUAAUUAGCUGGUUUGCCAUUUGCUGUACACGGGUAAUCAUUUGAUUACAUUUCUCAUUUCCAUAUUAAAUUAAAUACAGUAUAUAUCUUUAGAAUGCAGAAUUCAUGUCCAUUGCCUUCUACUUCUUUGACAUGUAUAACAAUCACUGCCUGUUUGGUAUCUCCAUCUCUUUGCUCCUACACCACCAGUGCUUACAGUAGAAAAAAGGCCUUUUUUUGUGAGAGCACAAAUGACUGGCUGUAAGAAGCAGCUUACAGUGUAUGAUAUACUGCACAGAGAAGGAACAAGUCGACCACUUAAACAGGGAUCAAUUUCAAUAAAAUAAGCCAGCAUCUUUACAAGAACAGCUCCAUUGUAGUUUGUAGGUGCAUAUUUGGUUUGUAAGAUGGCAUAAAAAUGUGAGAAACUGGAGACUGACACACAAAGUCUGUAUGUGCAUAGUCUGAAAAUAAUGUUGGUGAUACUGGGUCCUUAUUGCUGAGAGGAUUUUUUCUGCUGGUCAUUCUAGAAGUCUGGUAUACAGUAUUUGUAUGUAUUCAUGGCAUACCUUAAAGUAUUCAGCUUUUUCUUAAAAAGCAUUGUAAAUAUAAACUUUGAAACAUGUGAUUUUUACAGACUGUUACCAUUAAAUCAAACCAGUCAUACAAAAUGAA